AUGCCAGGAGAUCACUUGAUAUGCACAGUCGACAACAUCCCGUGGCCUGCCAUCGUGGAGGUCAACACGGCAAGUGUUUUCACCUGGCGGGGUUACAUUCUUUGGAAUUGGCUGUUCAGUGGCCUGCACAGCUUCAAGUUUGAGCCGCUCGAUGCAGACAGCACUAAGACUCGCUUUGUGCAGUGCGAGGAAUGGGGAGGUCUAUUGGGCGGGGCUUUGUGGAUGGUUGGUCGCCGUAAAAUGGUGACGGGCUUUAACAAUUUUAACGAGGACUUGAAGCGACAUCUGGAGAAGGCGCCGGUCUCGGGAAAGAAUGUACGGUUAGCGCAGUAG